AUGCUGCACAAUCAGAAUAAAGAAACCAAGACUUCAAAUACUAAUUUAAACAUAUACAACCAAGAAGUAAAGUUCUCUAAUACCAAAAUUGAUGAUCAUAAGAACAAAUUGAAGGUUUCAAAUUACAAGUUAGAUGUACUUGAGAAUGUUUUUGCAAAUUCAACUGGUGAAUUAAAUGCGCAAAUAAAGAAUUUAAAGGCUUCUAAACUGAAAGAAAUUACGACUUCAAAUAUUAACUUAAAUGUAUGCAACUGUGAAUUAGAAGCUUUAAAUAAUGAAUUAACUGCACAAACUAAAGAUCUGAAACCUUCAAAUGCCAAGUCAACUGCUCAAAUCAAAAAACCCAAGGUUGGAAAUACCCAGUUAACUGCACUUGAGAAGGUGUUUUCAGAUUCAAUUGUUGAAUUAAAUGCACAAAAGAAGAAGUUAAAGGCUUCCAAUGCUGAAUUAGCAGCCCAGAUGAAGACAUCUAAUUCUAAUUUCGUGAAAAAAAUCAAAAAUUUAGAACAACCCAAGUAUGAAUGUGAGAUUACAGAACCUAACUUAAAGAGUUCGAUUUAG